AUGUCGCACCCACUACUGGCAACACAACAAUCCCAAGAUGUUUCUCUGCCGACUUGGGUGGAUCAGAAGGACUUGGAAACCCUGGUAAAGCAGAUCCCAGAGUUCAGAAAAAUCGAGAGUCUUAGGUGGAAGUGGGAGACUCAACUGGCCGAGCCGGCACUCUGUGUUCAUAUUCAGGUGCUUCUGGCAGACAACAAGAAACGCCAAGUGAGCUACCUAAUCAAGUCACCAGAAACGGUGUUAGUUGGAUUAAAAGUGCCCAGAAAUGGGGAUUUCCCAACGGAGCGUCACAUUUUGGAGGUAGUGUUACCUGCCCUGGAGGAGCUUUAUCAAAAUGCGGAUAUGAUCGUUCACUUUGGCCCACCAGUGAUCAAGGCAAAGGAGAAAUCCAGCCACAUCUACUGCGAGUAUAUCCUAAACAAGGGUUACUCCGUGGCAAAUGGCCGCAAAGGUUUGUCCGUGACCGCCAUGGAAGGCGUACUCUCGAAACUGGCCGCUUAUCACGCCGGAACAGCGGCCUAUAUAGCAAAGAAUCCCGGCAAGAUUAGGGAGCUUCCAAAGCUCGGGGAGCACUCGGAAUUGGGUGAAGAGGCUGCCGCACUGAAGAGCACGUAUCAAUUGAGAUUUCACGAAAGCCUUCGGUCGAACGACGCCCGACAAUACGAAGAUAAGGUGAAAUCUUUUCAAAAGUAUCUGAAAUCUGGUACCGAGAUAUUGGAUUCGAGAACGUCCUUUAACGUCAUUCUGAAUGGAUCCUGUUGGCCGAAUAACUUGCUGCUCCAAAUAGACGCUUUUGGAAAUGUUAAGGACGCGCUCUUCAGUGGCUUUCACUCUGCCAAAUAUGGGCCAGCUGUUUACGAUCUUUUCAGUUUGCUACUCACGGUGCCAGCUGAAAAAUCGAAUCGAUUUGACGGCUACGUGAAGUUCUAUCACGAUCAGUUGAUUGAAGAUCUGCAGAUCUUAAAGUUUGCGGGGAAGAAACCCAGUCUCACGGAUCUACAAUUAGAUUUGCUGAAGUACGGUCAUUGGGCAUUUGAAACUGCCACGGAAAUACUGCCGAUCGUUCUCUCGGAUUUCGCAGUCAACGACAUUGAAGAGCUCUUUAGGAAUCCCGUGUUUGGGGAGCAAAUCAGGGAGCUGCUGCCCUGGAUGGAGAAUCGUGGGUACUUCGAAGAAGACUAG